UGUUCAACAAAUCUCUAUGCCCUCGUCACAAUCCUCAUAUUGGAAAAUCUAUUACAAAAUACUUGUUUUUUUUUGACUCUUUUUUUUUAUUUAUCUUUUUUACAUACCUACCCAUAUCAUCUUCAAGUAUCAGCAAACUAUUGGGACAAUGCUACAACUAGUCUAAAUCUGGGAAUAAAAAUUAGGAACAUUCAUCCUACAAAUCACCAUGUCUUUUGAUGGUGAUUUUCUUUGAUCAUCUUCCAUGGCUAAAAUUCUCUCAAAUCUCAAUUCUUUUUCACUACCCAUUACUGGUCUUCAUCUCCUUUUAAUCUUUCUCCAUUCUCUCUUAUAAAAUUAAAUAAAUCCCCCAAAUUAUUGGAAGAAUCAAACCGACAUACAUCAUCUACUCAAAUCUAUCGUUCUUACUUCAUCUUUCUUAAUUUUGCAAAAUCACCAAUUGGGUUUUUCUCAGAAUACAGAAAAGAUCAAACCCUUUUCUUCAAAUUUAGAAAUAAGGGUGAAUUCUUUUUGAGAAUCAGUGGAAAAAUCCGUUAUAAGAUAUGGCUUCUGUGUUGAUUUACCAUGUCGUGGGUGAUUUGACGGUUGCGAAACCUGAAUUGGUGGAGUUUUUAGAAACUGAGACGGUGGAAUCUGCGAUUAAAGCGAUUGGAGAGUCAACUGAGGGAGGAAUUCCAGUUUGGAGAAGGAAAUCUCAAAUGGGUAUGAUUGAAAAUAGUGAAAUGCGGCUACAAAGAUUUGUGGGUAUUCUUAAUCCAUUAGAUAUUGUGGCUUUUUUAUCCAAAGAUUGGUGCUUGCAAGAUCAAGAGAAAGCAAUGAAAACCCCAGUCUCUGAGGUUAUUGUUCCUAAUAAUUUCCUUCUUAAGGAAGUGGAUCCUGCUACAAGAUUGAUAGAUGCUUUGGAAAUGAUGAAACAAGGCGUGAAGCGUCUUCUUGUACCAAAGAGCGUGGUUUGGAAAGGUGUGAGCAAGAAGUUCUCAAUCCUUUACAAUGGAAAAUGGCUUAGAAACAUAGAAACCGGGAACAGCACUAAUAGUCUUUCAAAUCUCAAUCGGCCUUCCUCAUCUACCACUAUUAGCAAAACAAAGUAUUGUUGUCUCUCUAGAGAAGAUGUUGUCCGUUUUCUCAUUGGUUGCCUUGGAGCUCUUGCUCCUAUUCCUCUCUCGUCCAUCUCCUCGCUUGGAGCCAUCAACUCUCAUUAUUCCUCCAUUGAAGCCUCCCUCCCUGCCGUUGAAGCCACCAAGAAGCUACCUUAUGACCCAAGUGCUGUAGCAGUCGUAGAGCCCACUUCUGACAAUCAACAUAAAAUCAUAGGCGAAAUAUCCGCUUGCAAGCUAUGGAAAUGUGAUUACUUAGCUGCUGCUUAUGCUUUGGCCAAUCUUUCCGCCGGACAGUUUGUUAUGGGGGUGGAAGAUAAUGUAACUCCAAGGUCGGUUCCUGAUAUCGGGGCAAAUUCAACUUUUAAAGGAGAUAAUAGUUCAAACAAUGGUAGUGGUGCAGUGAGGCUUAGGAGGUUUAGCAGCAGAAGCAUCGGAUUCUUCGGAAGUGCUGUUAGCCCUAAUUCGGGGCAUUCUAGAAGUAUGUACCGUGGAAGAAGCGCUCCUCUGACGUGCCGGAGUACAAGCUCUUUAGCUGCAGUUAUGGCUCAGAUGCUCUCGCAUCGGGCAACCCAUGUGUGGGUAACCGAAGGUGAAGAUGAUGUUUUAGUCGGCGUUGUCGGGUAUGGAGAGAUUUUGCAUGCUGUGACUAAUCGACCAGCUUCAUCAACCGUGCCUUCAAAUUAGUAUGUUUUGGACACUCGUCAGAAUCUGCACAUUACAAGGUUUUGCUCUGAUACUGUCCUACUUAAGUUAUCUCCCUGUAUAUGAACUUAUGUUGUAUGUGCCUUCAAAUUGGUUAGAAGUUCGGUAAGGUGUUCAAUCAUGUCGUUGUUGAGUAUGUGCGUUUUUUUUGCCGUUAUGCUUGCUGAGGAUCGGGUUUUCUAUUGUUUAAGUACAUUUAUCAAAUAAGAGUUAUAAAGCUUCUCGUUAUUUGUUGAGCGUUAACUCGUAAAACUUGUAAGUCUUGUUUGCAUUAUCUUGUUCAUCCUGACGAUUGUAUUUUCGAGUAUGUUGAGCAGUUACUCUAUCUUUGAUAGCUUGAUUUGA